CUAGACUAAUGAUCUUGUCCUCAACAAUUUACUACCAUGUAGACAUCCAACACUCCACUGGAGAGACUCUUCACCAAUGACUGUGAACUGAUGGUAUUCUCGUUAUUUCUGACCCUGCUUUGCAUCUUUUUCAUUUCCAGAAUAGCACAAUUUCGGCGCAAUCUGAAGGUUGAUCAUUGCGUUUUUUUCUACGACACUUGGGGCCCUAGCGUGAGGAAUACCAGGCAGCAAAGUAGAUUCCAGGAUUUUAGACCUAUAUUUCACCGUCUGAGGCUUCCUAGAGCAUUUUUCCAAACGUCGUGGUGGAAACUUACAUUGGGCGAGGUGAUUUGAUUUGUAUAAGGCUGGCGAGAAUGCGCCGAUUGUCCCAUGGCUAUUCGGUGAUC